AUGGAAACAUCAUCACUUCUUCAAAUAUUAGUAAUUGUCAUCAAUUUUGUAAUAGGACUUGCUCAUAAUGGCAAUGCCCAGUUGGUGAAUUGCAAAGCAUCCGACAGAGAAGCUCUUAUUGAGUUCAAAAAUGGACUCUUGGAUCCAGAUAACCUUCUCUCAUCAUGGGAAGGAGACUUGAGUUUUAACAAAUUCUGGGGCAACAAAAUUCCUACAUUCUUUGAGCCUCUUGAGAGAUUGCAAUAUCUAAACUUGGCAUAUCCUGGAUUUGGUGGAAAAAUUCCUCCAAAUUUGGGAAACAUCUCUUCCUUGCAGCACCUUGACAUAUCUUCCUACCCCACUCAAAAUUUUUUUGUUGAUAAUCUUGAAUGGGUUACUGGUCUCACUUCCCUGACAUAUCUGGCAUUGGAUCGUGUUGACCUCUCAUUGGUAGGAUCAAAAUGGGUUGGAGCAUUUAGCAUGCUUCCAGCUUUAAGUGAAGUUCAAUUAUCUGAUUGUAACAUACAAAACUCCACUUUUUUUCUAAGCUUUGCUAAUUUUAGUUCACUUGUUGUCAUGAACCUCCGUUUUAACCACUUGAACCCUUUCCCCAUAUGGCUUGUGAAUAUCAGUAGCCUUUUAUAUGUUGAUCUCAGUUUUAACAGCAUGCAGGGGAGCAUUCCACUUGGUUUUUGCAAGUUACCAAAUCUGCGGCUCUUGAAUCUUAAGAAAAAUAAUCUCAGUGUCAGCAGCUAUCAACUACUCACGCAGAGCUGGAGCAAGGUAAAGUUUCUUCAAUUGUAUAACAAUUCUGUGCACGGUAAGCUAACUGCUUCCAUCGGAAGCAUGACAUCUCUCACUCAUCUUGAUUUGUCUAGCAAUUACAUUGAAGGUGGUAUUCAUAGCUCAAUCAGUAAACUUUGCUAUCUAGAAUACCUUGAUUUAUCACAUAACAAUCUUAAUGGAAAAUUACCUGAAGACCUUGAAGGAACAAAUAAUUGCCUUUGUAGAAGUCCGCUGCCCCAUUUGCAGAAAUUGUUGUUGAGCAACAAUCAGUUGUUUGGUAUGUUGCCAAGUUGGUUGGGUCAGCUUCAAAAUCAUGUUGAGCUCAGUUUGAAUUCUAACUUGUUCCAUGGAUCAGUGCCUGCUGCUCUGGGGGUAUUCAGAAGUCUAUCGAUUUUGAGACUUGAAGAAAAUAAACUAAAUGGAACUCUUCCAGAUAGUUGGGGACAAAUCUCAAAGUUGUCAUUGCUUUCUGUCUCUUCCAAUCAUUUGACUGGAAACCUCCCUGAAAGUUUGGGCAAACUUUCUCUGUUGGAAUACCUAGAUGUCUCUUCCAAUCGGUUGGUUGGUGUUGUCUCUGAAUCCCGCUUUUCAAAUCUUAAAAAGCUAAUAAUCUUGGGUUUAUCUUCCAACUCUUUCAUUUUUAAGGUCAGUCCUAAUUGGGUUCCUGCAUUUCAACUUCAGUCACUCAUGAUGCGUUCAUGCAAUCUGGGGCCUUCAUUUCCAGGUUGGCUUAAAUCUCAGAGAUGUAUUAUGGAAAUGGAUUUAUCGAAUGCUAAUAUUUCAGGCUCCAUACCCAGCUGGUUUUGGGAUAUUUCUUCCAGUCUCCAUUUGUUAAAUUUUUCUUCUAAUUUGCUACAAGGUCACCUACCGAGUACUAUCAGUGUAAAUUUUGGUGCCAUCAUUGAUUUAAGUUUCAAUCUUCUUGAAGGUCGCAUUCCACUUCCAAGUAACCAAACUGCAGUAUUAGAUCUCUCUAAUAACAAAUUUUCUGGUCCUAUCCCAGAAAAUGUAGGUGAUAUCUCAUUUUUCAUCCUUUCUUUCGCAAGCAACCAAAUUAUCAGUGCAAUCCCAACAUCUGUAGGGAGAAUGCAGACAGUGCAUGUCAUUGAUCUUUCAAGGAACAAUCUAACAGGACGAAUUCCUAAGAGCAUAGGGAACUGCGGUUUCUUGCAGAUCCUAGAUCUUCAGAACAACUAUUUAACAGGGAGAAUUCCAAGUUCUUUGGGUCAGCUAACUCAUCUUCAAACAAUACAUCUAAGGGACAACAUGAUCACUGGAAGACUACCUUCAUCUUUCAAAAAUUUGUCGAGGUUGAAAACUCUGGACCUUGGAUGCAACAGGUUGACUGGUAUAAUUCCACAAUGGAUUGGAGAUGCUUUUCCGGUUCUUCAAAUUCUUAGCUUGAGGUCAAACGCGUUUUCAGGAGAACUUCCCCGCAAGGGAUAUUGA